AUGGCAAAGAAAACCUACAUCUUAGCCCCCAACUUCACCACCUCCCCCUCCUCCCUCCGCCUCGGCGACAUCCUCCCUGACCCCCUCAGCCCGGACUUGAUACCCCUAAACCGAAAAUCGCGACUCCCCAUCAACCCCGAAGACCUGCUACCCCCAACAACAAUAACUUCCUUCUCCUCCACGCGGAAAGACCUCCUCACCGGCCGCUUCGGCCUCUGGACCACCCUCCUCGCCGGCCUCAACCUUCUGAUGGGCGCCCACCUCGGUUUAUUCCUCGAGCGCGGCUCCAACGACGUAAUACAAGUCCCCGAGCUCGAAACAGGAGAGUUUGUCGCGACGGAGGAGUAUAUACAGCGGGUGUCGGAGCAGGAUGAUGUAAAGGGGUAUUUGACGGAGAGAAAAUACCGCGUGCCGGUGUAUAUCGUUACUGGUGUCAAGAUUGCCAGGGGGGCGUCGGUGUCGUUGGAGAGAACAACCACUCAAUCAAUUCAAGGGAAAUGUGAUGCCGAUUCUGGAUGA